AUGAUUUUAGCUACUAGGAUCAUUCUCCUCAUCUUAAUUACAGCAACUACCUUUGGAAGCUACUCUGCACAGAAUGCUUUACCUGUGAUCGGAGAACGUUUAGACGCUGACAUAAUUGCAAUUUUGACAGUAACAUCUGUGUUUUCUCUAGUUUUAGCCCCUUUUCUUUCAAACUUCCUAACAAAAUUCCAAGAACGUAACAUGAUCUUAUGCAGCUUACUAUUAUCACUUGGUGGAAUUAUGGUUUUUGCUUUUGUGGAAAUGUUUAGUGGAUUUUGGUUCUAUUUCCUCGCAGUUUUAAGCAUGCUUGCUGUAAGUGGAGGAGCUAUAGGCUAUCUAAUCCCUGCAAUCAUAGUAAUUUUCCAUGAAGCAGCUGAAAGUGGACUAAAAUAUUUUCCAUUUAUUGAAUUUUCGUGAGAUCUAGGGUACACUUUUGGAGGAAUUAUGCCUUUAUUUGUAGAUGAGGACGUAUAUUUUCACUAUUACUUUACUCCGAUAGGGUGUGCUAUUUUUAUAGGAUUUGUUUAUGCAUGAAUUAAUGUUAAAGAAGUGCCAAAAGAUGCGAUAUUGAAUGAAGGAAUGAAAAUAUACAACAUUAUUAUCGAAAAAGAAAUUUUUAUGGAUGCUUUAAUUAUAACUUAUGUAGUUGCUGCUUGUAAAUGCGUUGACCCUGUUAUGACUGGUCUAGUUGAAGAUUUAGAUGGAAAUGAAAGCGAUGCUAGUAAUCUUUAUUUAGCUUUUUUUAUUAUAACUGGAACAUCUGUUUCCUUUGUUGUCACAAGUUCUUUGGUUUUUACUUUAGAGUUCUUAGAAAGAAGAUUUGUUAUGAUUUUUGGGAUAAUUUGCUGCAUGAUAGGAUUAACUAUUGUUGGGCCUAUCAAUUUUGCUGUAGGUGGUAGCAAAAAUCUGUUAACUCUCCCCCUCUGAGAGCGAGCAAAAACAUUAGAAAAAUCCUUAUUUUUUUUAGUCAAAACUCACCCUCCGUGAACAAACAAAAAUUUUUUUAAUAUAUAAGUGAUAAUUAUUGUAAUGAAAUCUUGUUUAAUUUUAAACAGUUUGCAUUUUAAAGCAUAAAUUUUGCAAAUUAAAUUAAUUUUUGCUCCUCAAUUUUUACAAAUGGAAUUUUAAAAUUUUAUUUUCGAUCACGGAGGGGGAAUAAGGAUUUCUAUUGUUUUUUUAGAUUUUGGGAUGCAGGUUGGAACUGCGGCUGGACUCCCCACUUUAUACCAUACAGUAAAAUAUCGCCUUAAAUGAAGAGUUGACCAAAAAUUAAUUAAUUUGCUUAUAGGAAUUUGGGUCACCGCAAUUUUGUUAGGCCAUAUUGCAGGUCCAUCAGUAAUGAUUUGGCUUACUUUGAAAUACGAAUAUUACAAGGUAACUGUAGUUUUUUUCCUAAUCGGGGUUAUGGUGGCUAUAGUUUACACUUAUUUGUAUAGAGACACAAUGCAAGUUUCAGUGCUACUUAGAGGAAGUGAUGACGAGGAUCUAAUAGAAAGAAAGUCAGGAAAUGAAGAAGAUUUUUUGAUAAAGGAAGAUAAAAAAAAUGAAACAGAAUCGGGAUAA